AUGAUCAAUCCAAUAAACGUUGCAAAGGUUUUUACUGAUCGAGCGUCGAACUUAUCGUCAUCUACUUUUUCGGAUAUUUUGACUAGCGGAAAUACUAUAACAAAUCGUGAAUGCGAAGUAGCCGAGCUGCUAUGUGGUGUACUCGAGUCGAUUGUCAACUGUCAUUCACACACUUUCGAAAUCGAAACAACUCUGGAUCACGAGUCAAGCGAAAGCGAAUUGAUUAACGAAGGAGAUUACGAAAAUGAAGUUGAAGAGACAAUUGAUUCUGAAUGGAGUGAAGUAGAAGAUGAUGAGGACAAAGCAUUGUGCAAAGAAUUUUCUCUUGACUAUAUGACUCGUGCAGUUAAUUUUUAUGAUGAGAUCAAUCCGAACACAGGCAAACGAAAACGACGAUGGGAAACAGUGAAACGUAACUUCCAGCGUAUCCCGCAUCAGACUUAUAUCGCUCGGUUUCGCCAUUAUCUUGAGAGACACGGAACAAAGAAGCAGAAACUUGAUAAAAUUGAUGACUACGUAUUUGACAUGUUCGACCGAGCUAGGGAGUCUGUCCUGCCCGUGCACGAUAUUGAUCUUCGUCGAUGGGCUCUGAAGAAAGCUAUGGAUGAGUCUUUACAUAAUUAA